UACAGCAAAAUUAAUGACAUUGAGCAAAGCAGAAGUGUCAUCAACCUGUACACAGAUGGCAUUAUGGUAGCCCCUACGGUCAGCACUCUCGACUGCCACUCAUCUCCUGGAUUGACCAUGGGCAGGAAUACAUUUCAGUAUAUGUUCACCAAGGAACCAAAGAGUACGAACGAACGCCCUUCUUGGUUCACUGGGGCAAGCCAUGCCGCUGAACUUUCCUAUUUGUUCUCGUUUGCUGGUUCCAAAGCAGAUGACCCAGUGCUGUCUUUGAUCAUGAUGACAUACUGGGCAAAUUUCGCUAAGACUGGUUCACCAAAUGGUCCUGGUCUUCCUCAUUGGCCAAGAUACGACCAGGUAGCUGGGCUCUACCAACGAUUUGACAGCAAUAUAUCACCACAAUAUCACGUGACACUUGACAGGGUCCAGUUUUGGAACCAAUACCUUCCAUCAUUAGCGAAGAAUACUCCAAGUACAGUCGUCGGAUAAAAACAUUCUAACAGUCAUCCUGAUUAUAUUUGUGAUGUUGACAUCAACCAGAUUAUUACAUCGUCGUUAUAUAUACCGUGAUUAUCAUUGACCUCUGUUGAAAAAAACAUUUUAAGAUGAUGAAAUGAUGUACAAUUUAAUUUAAACAACCAGGUUUGAUUUCCCUUCAGUGUUUAGAAAAAAAAUAUUAAACGUUCAAUUCCUUCCUGGCAUUCCGGACUUUUUUAUUUGGCAUAUAAUACUAUCGAAUUGAAGAACGUAAUGUACAGAAUUGGGCAGUACCUGACAAGCUACUGGAACGAAUGUCAGUCAUAAUGUAUUCCAUCGAGUAAAGAGUAUUGCUAGACAUCAUUCAUAGAUAUCCAAACAUCAUAAACACAAGUCCAUACAUCAAUACAUAAAGACCGUUUUUUCAUUUAAAGGACGUCAUCAUGAGCUCUAAACUGAAC